GCAGGGUGGGAGCGGAAGCACAGGCCGCAGGCGGUGAGAGUCAACGAGUCCGGGCCCGGGGCCGGGAUCGGGAUCGCCGCCAUGGGGAACCGGGGGAUGGAGGAACUGAUACCGCUGGUUAACAAGCUGCAGGAUGCCUUCAGUUCCAUCGGGCAGAGCUGUAACCUCGACUUGCCGCAGAUCGCCGUGGUGGGCGGGCAGAGUGCCGGCAAGAGCUCGGUACUCGAGAACUUCGUCGGCAGGGAUUUCCUUCCUCGUGGCUCAGGGAUUGUCACUCGCCGACCGCUCAUUCUGCAGCUGAUCAAUGCAAAAACAGAACAUGCGGAGUUCUUGCACUGCAAGGGGAAGAAGUUUACAGAUUUUGAUGAGGUUCGGCAGGAAAUCGAACUGGAGACAGACAGAGUCACCGGGAGCAAUAAGGGCAUCUCAUCAAUUCCUAUUAACCUCAGAGUGUAUUCUCCACAUGUUUUAAAUUUGACUCUGAUCGAUUUACCGGGCAUCACCAAGGUGCCUGUUGGUGACCAGCCUGCUGACAUUGAAUACCAGAUCAAGGAAAUGAUCAUGCAGUUCAUCAGUAAGGAUAACUGUCUCAUCUUGGCUGUCACUCCAGCAAACUCUGACCUUGCCAAUUCAGAUGCACUGAAGAUUGCGAAGGAGGUGGACCCACAAGGUUUAAGGAUCAUUGGUGUGAUCACUAAGUUGGAUCUGAUGGAUGAAGGGACGGAUGCAAGGGAUAUUCUAGAAAAUCGUCUCCUGCCUCUCCGUAGGGGUUAUAUUGGUGUGGUGAAUAGAAGUCAGAAAGACAUUGAUGGGAAGAAAGAUAUUCGUGCAGCCCUCGCAGCUGAAAGGAAGUUUUUCCUGUCGCACCCCUCAUACAGGCAUAUGGCUGAUCGCAUGGGGACUCCGCAUCUGCAGAAAAUACUGAACCAGCAACUGACAAACCACAUCCGCGAAACCUUGCCGGCAUUACGAAACAAACUGCAGAGCCAGAUGCUUUCCCUGGAAAAGGAGGUAGAGGAAUAUAAAAACUUCCGACCAGAUGAUCCCACAAGAAAAACCAAAGCACUCCUCCAGAUGGUGCAACAGUUUGGGGUGGAUUUUGAGAAGAGAAUUGAAGGCUCAGGGGACCAAGUGGAUACAGUAGAACUGUCGGGUGGUGCAAGAAUUAAUCGUAUCUUCCAUGAACGGUUUCCGUUUGAGCUCGUGAAGAUGGAGUUUGAUGAAAAGGACCUGCGAAGAGAGAUCAGCUAUGCAAUCAAAAAUAUCCAUGGCGUUAGGACAGGGCUGUUCACCCCAGACAUGGCAUUCGAAGCCAUUGUGAAAAAGCAGGUGCACAAGUUGAAGGAGCCGUGCUUGAAGUGCAUUGAUAUGGUGGUCUCCGAACUAGCUACUGUCAUCAGAAAGUGUAGUGACAAGCUGAACUCCUUUCCCAGGUUACGAGAAGAGACAGAAAGAAUUGUAACCACUCAUGUUCGAGACCGUGAGGGAAAGACCAAGGACCAGAUACUUCUGCUGAUUGACAUUGAAUUAUCUUACAUCAACACGAACCAUGAGGACUUUAUUGGAUUUGCCAAUGCACAACAAAGGAGCAGUCAGCUAGCAAAGAAACGGACGGUUCCCAAUCAGGGUGAGAUCUUGGUCAUCCGCAGGGGCUGGAUCACGAUCAACAACAUCAGCCUCAUGAAGGGUGGUUCAAAAGAAUACUGGUUCGUGCUGACAGCAGAAUCACUCUCCUGGUACAAGGAUGAUGAGGAGAAAGAGAAGAAAUACAUGCUGCCCCUCGACAACCUGAAGCUGAAGGAUGUGGAGAAAGGUUUCAUGUCCACUAAGCACAUCUUUGCACUCUUCAACACUGAACACAGGAACGUUUAUAAAGACUAUCGGCAGAUAGAGCUGGCCUGCGAGUCCCAGGAGGAUGUGGACAGUUGGAAGGCUUCUUUCCUGAGAGCUGGGGUCUAUCCAGAGAAGGAGAAUGCAGAAGACGAGGAGAGUGGAAGCACUUCAGACACAUUUUCGAUGGACCCUCAGCUGGAGCGACAAGUGGAGACAAUUCGCAACCUGGUGGAUUCCUACAUGGGCAUUGUCAAUAAGUCAAUCAGGGAUCUGAUGCCAAAGACCAUCAUGCACCUCAUGAUCAACAAUACCAAGGACUUCAUCCACUCAGAGCUGCUGGCCUUCCUGUACUCCUCCACGGACCAAAACAGCUUAAUGGAAGAAUCGGUCGAGCAGGCACAGAGACGGGACGAGAUGCUGCGGAUGUAUCAUGCCAUCAAGGAAGCGCUGCACAUCAUCGGGGAUAUCAGCACCAGCACCAUCAGCGCGCCCCUGCCCCCACCGGUCGACGACUCCUGGCUGUCCACUCAGUCAGCGGGGCACAGCCCGAAGCUUCAGCGCCGACCGCACCCUACAGCGGGGCCGCCCAGCAGACCACCCGGGGUACGAGGACCAACCCCAGGCCCGCCGCUGAUCCUAACCCCAGUGCAGGCUUUCGGAGCUCCUCCCAUUCCAUCGAGGCCCGCUCCCACAAACGACGCCUUUGGGGCGCCGCCCCAGAUUCCUUCCCGGCCGGUACGCAACCCACCUGGACCGCCGGGGCUGCCCAGGCGUCCACCUCCAGCAGCACCUUCAAGAUCUGGCUAUUGAUUGUGUCCCAAUGUGUUUCUGUAAUUACUUUUACAUGCUGGGGAACUAUGAAUACCUUGGCUCCAGACACUCGGCAUCCUCCACCUAACGCUUCAGUGAAUCUGAGUAUCACACACUUGCUCCAGGAAUCUAGGCACAUCUUUCCUUCCCCAAUUCCUUUGUCACUACUAUUUCAUCUCAUUUAAAGGAUGAAUUUGACUUGUGCAUGAUAUUUGAAACUUGCAAAUUUACUGGACUUCAAUAUGGGUUUGUUUACGCCAUAUCUAUCAAUCAUUUCUGUAUAUGGUGGAUUCUUGUAUACAGGUUGUUUGAACAAUGAGCUAAAAUGGGUUUUAAUUCAAGAAAUUAAUAGAAGCAUGGUCAAAAUGUAUUUGUAUUUUUAUUAUAGUUAGGUGUAAAACACAGCAAUGCGUCUUUCUACUCACCAGCCCCACCAACGUGCUGACCUUCCUGUCCACCUAUACCAAGUCCACUUGCCCACAUUAAAAGCUGUAUUUUUCUACACCUUGCCCAAUUAAAGCAUACAGUUGCAAGAAAAAGUUUGUAAACCCUUUCUGCAUCUGUUGUCUGCAUUAAUUACUCAUGUGGACUGAUCAUCAUCUAAGUCACAAUAAUAACCAAACACAAAUGUCUAAACUAGUAACACACAAUUGUACUUUUCAUGUCUUUGUUGAACACCUUGUUUAAUCAGUCACAGUCCAGUCUGGAAAAGUAUGUGAACCUUUGUAUCGAAUAACUGGUAGAACCUUCUUUAGCAGCAAGACCUCCCUCCACCAAACAUUCUCAUAGCUGCUGAUCAGUCCUGCACAAUGGCAAGGAGGAAUUUUAGACCAUUCCUCGAUACAAAACUGUUUCAAUUGUUCCUUCAGCAAUUGCAAGCUGUCCAGACCCUGAGGCAGCGAAGCAGCUCCAAACCAUGAUGCUCCUUUCACCAAGCUUCACAGUUGGGAUGAGGUUUUGGUGUUGGUGUGCAGUGCUCCUUUUCCUCCAAACAUAGCAGUGUGCCUUUCUACUAAAAAGUUCCACUUUUGUCUCAUCUGUCCAUCGAACGUUGUCCCAGAAGCGUUGUCAAACAUCCAGGCGGCCUUUUGCAAACUUGAGGCAUGCAGCAAUGUUGUUUUUUCUUUGGAGAGUAGUGUUUUCCUCCAUGGUGUCCUUCCAUGAACAACAUUCUUCUUCAGUGUUUUUCUUAUAGUGGACACGUGAACAGAGAUCUUAGCACAUUCUAGAGGUUUCUGCAGAAGUUUUCCAAUCACCCUUGUGUUCUUUUUCACUUCCUUCAGCAUUGCACAUUGUGCUCUUGGUGUGAUCUUUGUAGGAUGUCCACUCUCAAGGAGUGUAGCAGCAGUACUGAAUUUCCUCCAUUUGUGGUCAUUUUCUCUUAUAGUGGACUGAUGAACACUUUAGAAAUGCUUUUGUAGUCUUUUCCAGCUUCAUGCAUCUCUACAAUUCUUCUAAGGUCUUCUGAAAGUUGUUUUGAUUGAGGUAUGGUACACUUAAAUCUUUCUUAAUAAGAGCAGGUUCUGUCAGUAGCCUGACUUAGUGUGUCUUUUUUUUAUAUAGGGCAGGGCCUCUCUACAAUCCACACCUCCAAUCUCACCUCAUUGAUUGGAACACCUGACUCCAAAUAGCUUUUGUAGAAGGCAUGACCCCAGAGGUUCACGUACUUUUCUGAACCUAGACUGUGAUUGUUUGAAUGGUGGACUCAGUAUUGACAAGUACAAUUGUUUGUGUUAUUAGUUUAGGCAGGUUGUGUUUGUCUAUUAUUGUGACUUACAAUCAGAUCAGACCACAUUUUAUGAGUAAUUAAUGCAGAAAACCAGGUAAUUGCAAAGGGUUCACAAACUUUUCCGUGCAACUGUAGAACAUUACAGGAGAACAUUUUUCUCCAUAUAGCACUCUUCAUUUUCCUAAUAUCCCACGUCCUUAAGAGGUUUUUUUAAAAUGUAUCUGCCUUGACCACCACCCCUGGCAGGGUGUUGUACGCAUCCAUCACUCUGUGUAAAGAACUUACUUCUGAAAUCCCUCCCCCCUCCCCCACACACAACCACCUUCCUCAAAUCACCUGAAUCAACCAGCUUUGGAAAAGUCUCUAAGCUAGCCUCUCUAUCUAUGGCUCUCAUCAGCUCUUUCAAGUCAUCUCUCAUCUUCUUUUGAUCCAAAGAGAAGCUCAGAAGACAUGCCCUCUAGUCCAGGCAGCCCCCUGGUAAAUCUCCACCCUCUGAAGCUUCCACAUCCUUCCUAAAUGUGGUCCGACCAGGGUUUUCUACUCGCUGCCCAUUAUGCCACUGGCGUUUAGGGCAGCAAUGAAGGACCUCUUCCUCUGUCCAUGACCACUCAGAUGUAGAAGGAUUCUUUAUUGUUGUUUCUGUAAACAGUUUUGUUUUACCACACAGGGUUGUUAGCCCUGAGCUGAACUUCCAAUCCUGGACGACCAUUGGACCACUCUUAAUCUGGCCUCCACCCUUUGACCUUUUUGGUAUAGAUGAACCUACCAAGUGCCAAAGCAUAAAGCCCUGGCUACAGCCCCCAAGGCCCAGAACCUCCGAUUGUGAGGCUCACAAAUGCACCUGACUAUUGGUGGAAAGAGUUUUUCCACACCCAUCCUCAAAACAUAAAUAAGAUUUCCUCUGCCUCUAAACUAACCACUGGCAGGCCAAUGGUCCUCUUGAUCCCUGAGGCAUGGAAAGGGUCUUCACCAUCCUUCCAAGGGUUCUCCCUAACCUUGGUGAGCACGAGCUCUGCCCGUGAUAUCUAAAUAAAUGUAGAUCACUGGUCCCAUCGUCAUUGAGGCCUACUCUUGAUUUUUGUAGUGUCUACAGUUAGGGGUGAGCACACUCUCCUCUGGCUGAGUGACAAUUUCAUUCAUACAGCCCAUAUUUGUAGCCUUCACCUGUAUAUAUUUUCUUUUAAAUUAUGAAUAAAUGAUUCAUAAUUUAUGGGUGGUUUGUGAGUGACUCAAACAUUUUUUAACUUUUAAUUUGAUGCGCUUUCACAGAACCAGUGUGCUUUUUAAAAUGAGUUGUUAACUUCUGCCCCUUAAAAGAUGAAGGUCUCUUGGCCUUCAUUUAAAAGUGCUGAAGAAGACCCUGCCUCUUCUCACACCAGUGACCACAGGAUCUGGGUCAGAUUUAACCAGGUUUACGGUAAUAUAAAAGCUGCUAUUUUCAUGUAGUUUGAAGGAGACAAAGAUAUGAUGGUUUGCGUAACAUUAUACAAUGCCAGCAAUCCAGGUUCACUUCCCACUGCUGUAGGUAAGGAGUUUUCACAUUCGCCCCUUAACUGUGUGGGUUUCCUCCCACUGUCUAAAGAGGUAUGGGUUAGGGUUAGUAAGUUGCGGGCAUGCUAUGUUGGCACCAGGAAUAUGGCAACACUUCAGGGCAACCCCUCAGCACUUUGAGUGUGUUGAUUGUUGACACAAAUAAAACAAUUCACUGUACGUGUUGAUGUAAAUGUGAUAAAGAAAAUGAAUAUUGGCCAACUCCCAACACAAUAUUUUAACUGUACCAGCUUUUAAAUAUUUCAUUGCCUUCUGCUAAUCUUCAUCCUCAUCAUAGACGGUCUCUCAACCCAACCAAAUCCUCCUUGAGAAAUAAAAAUCUCAUUCAAUUGA